AUGGCAGAUAACCUUCCAUUUGCAGACUCGGAUGAUCUGUCAUCAGACAUUCCAUCACCAUUCAAUCCAAUCCCAUACACUCUAGUAAACUCUCGCCCUCUUACAAACACUCCAUUCGUUGCACCCUAUGUUCCUGUGAGUCGUCUGGUCACUUCAUCAGCCUUGCACUUUGCUGGUAUAGGCCCAACAGACAUCCUUGUAGACCUUGGCUGUGGUGAUGGUCGUAUCUUGAUUGAUGCCCUAUGCGAUUCAUGCACUCCUGACAAUGAUCAUAUUGAAACGCACCAGAUCUAUCCACCCGCUCAAUGUAUCGGUGUAGAACUAGAUCCAUAUCUAGCUGCAUUCAUCCGAAAAACCAAUCCUAGCCUCAUCUCCAACAACAAGCUGGUCAUCAUCGAACAGGAUAUGUUUACAGUAGAUCUAGAAGCUAUAAAAGCUACUGUGAUUGUCAUGUAUCUUCUCCCAGCUGGACUGGAGAAACUCAAACCACUGCUAUCAGCCUGGUUAUCACGCAAUGAUGUGGACACCAGUCAACCAACACGUCGGAUCGUAACAAUCGCAUAUUCUAUUCCUGGUUGGCAACCCAUUCAAGUAAAGCAAAGCAAUAUGUCUUCCAAUUCGUUCAUGGGCGGUGCAGCUACUCCUAUUCACUGCUUAUUUAGAUACGAAGCAGUCUCGAUUUGUAAUUAA